CAGCUCAGAGCCAGGGCAGGAAGUGAUCCUGGGGCAUUUGGGGCUUCUUCCUGAAUGCUUGUCCCCCCCGCAUUCCCUCCAGUGUCAAGGGCAGGCUCCUCUGAGGUGGCAGCUGCCGGGAAAUCUGAGUCGUGAACAUAUGGCCGCCUAAGGGGUGUGCUCCGGGAAGUGGGAGCUGGGGCUCCACUGUCCAGCCUGGGCGGGGCGGAGGCUCCCGGGGUGCCAGGAUGUCAGCAGGUUCCUGAGCCCACCUGCCUUCGACCAGGCUGCCAGUGUGAAGUGUCCACAUGACAUCGUCUCUCCCUGCUAAGGCCUUGGGCCACUUCCAGAAGAAACAUCUUGUCCGCAAGCCUUUGUGUUUUCUGCACAAGAACAUGGUGAUGAGUUUUCGAGUCUCCGACCUUCAGAUGCUCCUGGGUUUCGUGGGCCGGAGUAAGAGCGGACUGAAGCACGAGCUCGUCACCAGGGCCCUCCAGCUGGUGCAGUUUGACUGUAGCCCCGAGUUGUUCAAAAAGAUCAAGGAGCUGUACGAGACCCGCUACGCCAAGAAGAACUCGGAGCCUGCCCAGCAGCCGCACCGGCCCCUGGACCCCCUGACCAUGCACUCCACCUACGACCGGGCCGGCGCUGUGCCCAGGACUCCGCUGGCAGGCCCCAAUAUUGACUACCCCGUGCUCUAUGGGAAGUACUUAAACGGACUGGGACGGUUACCCGCCAAGACCCUUAAGCCAGAAGUCCGCCUGGUGAAGCUGCCCUUCUUUAACAUGCUGGACGAGCUGCUGAAGCCCACCGAGUUAGCACUGACUGAGCAGGAGUGUGUCAGGACCUCGCAGCCCGCAGCAGUGUGGACAGGCCCCUGGCGCCUCCCAGCAGCCGUGACCAUUCAGGCUGCAGUCCCACAGAACAACGAGAAGCUUCAGGAGAGCCCGUGCAUCUUCGCAUUGACGCCAAGACAGGUGGAGUUGAUCCGGAACUCCAGAGAACUGCAGCCCGGAGUUAAAGCCGUGCAGGUCGUCCUGAGAAUCUGUUACUCAGACACCAGCUGCCCUCAGGAGGACCAGUACCCGCCCAACAUCGCUGUGAAGGUCAACCACAGCUACUGCUCAGUCCCGGGCUACUAUCCCUCCAAUAAGCCUGGGGUGGAACCCAAGAGGCCGUGCCGCCCCAUCAACCUCACCCACCUCAUGUACCUGUCCUCGGCCACCAACCGCAUCACCGUCACCUGGGGGAACUACGGCAAGAGCUACUCCGUGGCCCUGUACCUGGUUCGGCAGUUGACCUCGUCAGAGCUGCUGCAGAGGCUGAAGACCAUUGGGGUGAAGCACCCGGAGCUGUGCAAGGCACUGGUCAAGGAGAAGCUGCGCCUGGAUCCCGACAGCGAGAUCGCCACCACUGGUGUGCGGGUGUCCCUCAUCUGCCCGCUGGUGAAGAUGCGGCUCUCUGUGCCCUGCCGGGCAGAGACCUGCGCCCACCUGCAGUGCUUCGACGCCGUCUUCUACCUGCAGAUGAAUGAGAAGAAGCCCACCUGGAUGUGCCCCGUGUGCGACAAGCCAGCCCCCUACGACCAGCUCAUCAUCGAUGGGCUCCUCUCGAAGAUCCUGAGCGAGUGUGAGGACGCCGACGAGAUCGAGUACCUGGUGGACGGUUCGUGGUGCCCAAUCCGCGCCGAAAAGGAGCGCAGCUGCAGCCCGCAGGGCGCCAUCCUCGUGCUGGGCCCCUCGGAUGCCAAUGGGCUCCUGCCUGCCCCCAGCGUCAACGGGAGCGGUGCCCUGGGCAGCACGGGCGGCGGCGGCCCGGUGAGCGGCGUGGAGAAUGGAAAGCCGGGCGCCGACGUGGUGGACCUCACGCUGGACAGCUCAUCGUCCUCAGAGGAUGAGGAGGAAGAGGAAGAGGAGGAGGAGGAGGACGACGAAGAGGGCCCCCGGCCCAAGCGCCGCUGCCCCUUCCAGAAGGGCCUGGUGCCGGCCUGCUGACCCCGGCCGCACACUCGACUUUCCUGGUGCUCACCACGCAGAGGGGCGCGGGCCAGCCUCAGGCACAGAGGGAGGAGUGACCUUUCUUGUUCUUUUUCUUGUCGUUCCUUUUGUUUUUCCACCCCUUUGCCUGGCUCCUGGCACCUGUACCUCUGGACUCUCCUAUGGGGGAUUAAAAAAAAAGUAAAAUGACAAAAAAAGAUACAAAAAAGAAAAAUGAAACAAAAAAGUCAAACUCUUCAAAACAAGGCCGGCCACCCACACAGCCGCCUCCCCGGCUGGAGUCCGAGCCGGGAAGGGGUAGUGGGCGGGAGGGACCAGGACGCUGCCCCACGCCCUGCCCUCCGGAUGCCCAGCUGCCCGCCACCCUCUUCCCACGACCAUUCCAGCCGGUGCGCAGGGCCCCGGGCGGCGGGCGGCGGGGCACAGCCCCUCUCUGGCGACCACUUUGAUGUUUGUCUCUUCCUUUGCUUUUUCUCUGCAAACACAUCCUCACCCAGAGACCCUCAUGCACCGAGCAACGAGCGUUGUAGCCAAGAAGCCAUGGAGUGGGUUGGGGCUGGGAGGGGCAGUGGGGCGGGGGGAUGGGCGGGCAGGAUUGGGGGACGGUGGGCGGCUGGGGAGGGUUUAGCCACAGAUGUGUUGUAUUUUUUGAAAGUGCAAUAAUUUGGUAUUUUGAAGACCCGGCGUGUGGCCAGGAACCCCCGGGGAAGGCGGGGGCCCAGGGUGCGGCACCGUGUGGCGUGGGGGGGUCUCAGUUUUCUAGCCAGCUACCUCGGUAACUCCAAUUCAGGUUAACUUCCCUACGGAACAGCACAGAUGUCCACAGAUGUCCACAGCUGCCGCCGCCGCUGCCGCCACCAUACCCCAGUCCUUGGGGCACGGAGGGGUGGUCGCUUCCCAAGGGGCAGCAGGGACUCCGGCCACCCCAGCUCUUGUUUGGGUUGAUUCCUCUCCUUUUUGCUCUUGGUUUUCCGACGGGUACGAGGCUGGCACCCUGUCCCCCGGGAGCCUUGCUUUUCCAGCAGGACCAGACCAGGGGCCUCCCUCCUGUCCCCAGGGGUUCCCGGCCCCUCACAGGCCCCACCCAUGCCCUUGGCCUCAGGGUCCAACAACUGGGGGCGCUUCCGGGGCUCUGCCUCCAGGAUCCCGCAGCUGGGCACCCCCCUCGCCCCCCAGGAGACCGGGGCACAGGCAGGGCACCGACCUUACCUGGUUCUCCAGACCUGCUGCCUGCGGUCUGUUUUGCUUUUAUCCUCCCCAGCCCAGAAUUUUCCUUUGUAUAAACAGAACUCCUAGUCAGGAAGCAAUAUCAUUUCAGGUCUAAAGAAAGGGACGUGCAUCUGGCCGAGGGCAGUUCAGUCUCGCUGCAGAGCCCGCAGCCCGCUGCGCAGCUCGGCCCCUCCCGCCCGCACGGGCAGCUGAAGGCCGCUGUUUUCUAAUAUUUGUAUUCUAAUUUAAUUGUUUUUAAAAAAUGCAAAUAAAAAAGGUGGAGGUGAAGCCACCCAGGCGUCC